UCAAAACACUUCCCUCCUUCUCUCUUUCUCUCUCUAUCAAUUCUCAACCACACACUUUCUUAUAUUAUUAUUAUAUUACAACUUACUAUUACUAUCAGCAUUGUUGUAUUCAAUGCCAUCAUCCAUCCACCAUCACCACCAUCACUCACAAUCUGUUGUUAUUGUUGGUGUUAGUGCCAUCUGAUUGACACUUCCCAUUUACUCACAAACACUCUCUCUUUCUCUGCUAUAAAAGGGUCUCUCCUUCUUGUACUUUCUCUCCAUUUUCUUGGUAUCUCUCUCAGAGAUUCUUCUGUUUUCUACCUACAACUUCAUGGAUCUCUGUGCAUUCUCAUAUUCUGCAUUUGUGAGCCCUGCAACUGCAACUGCUUCUGAUCCUCGGAGAUCAAGUUCUCUUGCUUCUCACUCUCAAUGGGGUCUGGAUCUGCUUAAUCAAUCGCAGCACAGGUUCAACCAGGUGAAGAAAAAAUCAAGUGGGGUAUAUGCAUCCCUAUCAGAGAGGGGAGAGUAUUAUGCUCAAAGACCGCCAACUCCGCUGUUGGACACCAUAAACUAUCCAAUUCAUAUGAAAAACCUCUCUACCAAGGAGCUCAAGCAACUCGCCGAUGAGCUGCGUUCUGACGUAAUUUUCAGUGUUUCAAAAACUGGGGGUCAUCUAGGAUCAAGUCUAGGUGUUGUCGAACUCACUGUUGCGCUCCACUAUGUCUUCAAUGCCCCUCAAGACAAGAUAUUGUGGGAUGUUGGUCACCAGUCUUACCCACACAAAAUACUCACCGGUCGGAGGGAUAAGAUGCACACCAUGAGGCAGACAAAUGGAUUAUCUGGAUUUACAAAACGCUCUGAAAGUGAAUAUGAUAGUUUUGGCACUGGUCACAGCUCAACAACUAUUUCAGCAGGACUUGGAAUGGCUGUUGGGAGAGAUCUUAAGGGAAGAAAGAAUAAUGUAGUUGCCGUUAUUGGUGAUGGUGCCAUGACAGCAGGGCAAGCUUAUGAAGCCAUGAACAAUGCCGGAUAUCUCGAUUCUGACAUGAUUGUUAUUCUAAACGACAACAAACAGGUCUCUUUACCUACUGCUACACUUGAUGGACCGAUACCACCAGUAGGAGCUUUGAGCAGUGCUCUCAGUAGGUUGCAGUCAAACAGGCCUCUUAGAGAAUUGAGAGAGGUUGCCAAGGGUGUUACUAAAAGCAUUGGAGGCCCUAUGCAUGAAUUGGCUGCAAAAGUUGAUGAAUAUGCUCGUGGCAUGAUUGGUGGUUCCGGAUCAACACUUUUUGAAGAGCUUGGACUCUACUACAUUGGCCCUGUUGAUGGUCAUAACAUAGAUGAUCUUGUCUCCAUUCUCAAUGAAGUUAAAAGUACUAAAACCACUGGUCCUGUUCUGAUCCAUGUUGUCACUGAGAAAGGCCGAGGAUACCCAUAUGCAGAAAAAGCAGCAGACAAGUACCAUGGAGUUGCUAAGUUUGAUCCAAAGACUGGAAAGCAAUUUAAGGCUAAUGCUAGCACCCAGUCUUACACAACAUACUUUGCAGAGGCUUUGAUUGCAGAAGCAGAAGCCGACAAAGACAUUGUUGCAAUCCAUGCUGCAAUGGGAGGUGGCACUGGCAUGAAUCUCUUCCUUCGUCGAUUCCCAUCAAGAUGCUUUGAUGUGGGGAUAGCAGAACAGCAUGCUGUUACAUUUGCUGCAGGUCUAGCCUGUGAAGGUCUCAAGCCUUUCUGUGCAAUUUACUCAUCAUUCAUGCAGAGGGCUUAUGACCAAGUAGUGCACGAUGUCGACUUGCAGAAGCUGCCUGUAAGAUUUGCAAUGGAUAGAGCUGGAUUAGUUGGUGCAGAUGGCCCUACACAUUGUGGUUCUUUUGAUGUCACUUUUAUGGCAUGUCUUCCUAACAUGGUGGUGAUGGCUCCUUCUGAUGAAGCAGAGCUUUUCCACAUGGUUGCCACUGCAGCAGCCAUUGAUGAUCGCCCUAGUUGUUUCCGAUACCCAAGGGGAAACGGCAUUGGUGUUGAACUACCACUAGGGAAUAAGGGAAUUCCUCUUGAGAUUGGGAAAGGUAGGAUAUUGAUGGAGGGGGAAAGAGUGGCCUUAUUGGGCUAUGGAGCAGCAGUCCAGAGCUGUCUGGCUGCAGCUUCCUUAGUGGAGCAUCAUGGCUUGCGCAUAACUGUUGCUGAUGCACGGUUCUGCAAGCCAUUGGAUCGUUCCCUCAUUCGCAGCCUAGCAAAAUCACACGAAGUUUUGAUCACUGUCGAAGAAGGAUCGAUUGGAGGAUUCGGGUCUCAUGUUGUUCAGUUCAUGGCCCUUGAUGGUCUUCUAGAUGGAAAAUUGAAGUGGAGGCCAAUGGUUCUUCCGGAUCGUUAUAUUGACCACGGAUCGCCUGCUGAUCAAUUGUCUGAAGCUGGCCUUGCUCCAACUCAAAUAGCAGCAACUGUGUUCAACAUACUUGGACACACAAGGGAGGCACUAGAGGUUAUGUCAUAAAAAGAGAAAUAUCAGGAGGGGUUAAAUUUUCACUCCCCACAAUAUACACAUGUUAACGAUAUAAAUCACCUUGUGUAACACAAACAAGGUAAUAUUAGAAUGUGAAUUAUGUAAAUGUUAGUAACAAUGUAGUUUAUCAAAUAGUAGUAUCAGCUAGUUGCAACUUGCAAGGAAGAAAUAAUGUUAAUUUUUCAAUGCUACUUGCUGAGGAAGUUGGUUCAUGAAAUGGCCAAAUUUAAAAUAGUUUUUCUUUUA